UUUUUUUUUUUUUUUUUUUUUCGAAAAAAAAAAGGCUUCUUCUUCUUCUCCACUUUUUUUCUUCUUCUUCUUUUCCCCACCCCUCUCCUCGUUAAACAAAAAGUAAAAAUGGCAGCAGCAGCUUCCCGUUCUCACGUCACUCGUCUGUUGAGUAUCAUGCAAUCAGGAGCAAAUGCCUGUCCUUGUCACUCGCACGCUCACUCUGGCCCUUCUACUUCCGGUGCUUUCUCCAGCUUAUUGAAAUACGGACGUAAUUAUGCUAGUGCUAAAGAAACUACAGAUUACGCUUUCGAAAUGGCUGCCAGUAACAUUCGUUUCGGUCCCGGUGUAACCAGUGAAAUUGGUAUGGAUUUAAAUAAUGUUCAUGCUACUAAAGUGGCUGUCUAUACUGAUUCAACUAUCGCCAAACUUCACCCUCUUAAGGCUGUUGUAGAAUCAUUAGAGAAGCACAAGGUUAAUUAUGUUCUUUAUGAUACUUGUCGUGUUGAACCUACCGAUACCAGUUUGAAAUCCGCUAUUGAUUUUGCUCGUCAGCAUAACCCUGAUGCUUUCGUGGCUGUAGGUGGUGGUUCCGUUAUUGAUACCGCUAAAGCUGCAAGUCUCUACAGUGCUCAUCCCGAAGCUGACUUUUUGGAUUUCGUCAAUGCUCCUAUUGGUAAAGGUUUGCCCAUCCGAAAGAAGUUGCAUCCUUUGAUUGCCGUCCCUACUACUGCUGGUACUGGUUCUGAAACCACAGGUACUGCUAUCUUUGAUUAUGAGCCUCUCAAGACAAAGACCGGUAUUGCUCACCGUGCUCUUAAGCCUCUUCUCGGUAUUGUCGAUCCUUUGAACACUCGUAGUAUGCCUUCUCAAGUCCAUGCUUCCAGUGGUUUGGAUGUCUUGUGUCAUGCUCUUGAGUCCUACACUGCUUUACCUUUCAACCAACGUUCUCCUCGUCCCAAGGAUCCCAUUGAGAGACCUGCUUACCAAGGUUCCAACCCCAUCAGUGAUGUUUGGUCUCUCCAUGCUCUCAAGAUGGUUGUUGAAUACUUGCCUCGUGCUGUCAAGGAUCCCGAGGAUCUUGAAGCCCAAAGUCAAAUGUUGUUAGCUGCUACCUUUGCCGGUAUUGGUUUUGGUAACGCUGGUGUUCAUCUCUGUCACGGUUUGAGUUAUCCUAUCAGUGGUCUUAACAAGACCUAUAAGCAUCCCGGUUACAAUGUUGACCAUGCCAUUGUUCCUCACGGUGUUUCCGUUGCUUUGACUGCACCUUCCGUCUUCCGUUUCACUGCAGAUGCUUGUCCUGACCGUCACAUUGAUGCUGCUGCCGCCUUUGGAGCUGAUCCUGCUCACAUUAAGGAAUCCAUGGCUGGUGAAGUGCUUGCUGAAAAGUUGACUCGUUUCCUUGACGAUUUAGGUGUUCCUAAUGGUUUAAGUGCUAUUGGUUAUGAUUCUUCUUACAUUCCUGCCCUUGUUGAAGGUACUUUACCUCAACAUCGUGUUACAAAGCUUGCUCCUGCUCGUGAACCUGCUCGUGAACAAAUUGCUGCUAUCUUUGAAAAUGCCAUGAAGAAUUAUUAGAGAGUUUUUUUUCCCUUCCAGACAAACACCUUUCGUUUUAUAACGUGUACAUACAAAAAAAAUAAAACAUUUUAUAUGCAUUUUUUUUUGAUGUAGUUGAAACACACAAGUAAUAGAGACUUUUGGGGGGAUUAAUUUACACUGUACUAAAAAAAGUAAAUUGUACUGUUUGGAAAUCAGAUUAGUGAUUUUUUCUGCCA